CGACGAUGAAGAAUUUAUAAAACCCAAAGUUGCAGAAUAGAAACUGUUAGUGGAACAUCGUUGACGUGACCGGACCGAUCGGACCCAGACCACAUCAUCGGUGUCUCAGUACGGUUGUCUUGUUUGGACCUCACCGGUGUGUCCAGACCUGCUCUGAUGAAGCUUUGCAACGGGGGAAACGAAUCAGAGUCUGAAACAAUUGAACUAAAAACAACGCAGGUAAUACGAUGGUGAGGCUCUAACAAGGACACAGCACACCGAGACAAGAAAAAUGGCUGCGCCAAGAGAGGAACUACAGGAGGCCUUGUGCCAGUACACUACAGAUACCCUUAUCUGCAUUGACACAGUGAGAGGAUUCUGUGAGAAGAUCUCUAAAUGGAUGCUUGGGAGGGAAACAGAGUUAAACAUGAUUGUGGACAUUAAAGACAGAGCUGACAAAAUUGACCUGAGCAUCAGCCAUGUUACCCAGUCAGAGAACAGAGGCAAUGCUUUUCUGGAAUAUAUGAAGAGCAAGGUGACCCACGUGACUGCAGACAGCAGGCGUGAAGAGCUGGAGCAGGAGCUGGCUGCUGUGCUGAAGGACACUCUGGGAGGCCUGGAGAAGCUCGACUGCUUCCUGGAUGCAGUGGAGAGGCUGGCGAUCACCUCGCUGCAUGUGUUUAAUGAGGACAACCGGGUGUCGCAUCUGCCCCAAGAGAUCAGCCCUGACACUGUUCAGGUUGGCAUCAUUGCUGCACGGCGGGUCUGCCCACUCCUCCUCCAGUUUAAAAGAGAUGCAAAGGCCUUCUUCCUUCCCAAACUUCAGAAUGUGGAAGUGCUUGCAUAUCAGUUGGACAGAUACAUCCAGACCACCCAGAAGAUCUGUGACACAUUAGAGAAAAGCUGUUUCAGUGAGUUUUCCCUGAAGAUGGCUAUGAAUACUGUGGUAGACCUCGAUGUGAAUAUGUCUGAAGAUGACAUACGAAGGAUGCUUUGUCACAUUAAUCAGCUUGAGGAAAUCAGGAUGGACCAGCACUUCCGGAUGGUGUUCUUGUUCGAGGAGGAAUCAUGUGGUCACUUCAUCAGUGAGUUUGAUGAACGACAGCCCAGGAUGCUGCAGUUUCUAAAUGACCUGGAGGAGAUUGCUGUUCAGCUAGACAGGAUGAAUAAAGGGGCAAAGAUCUCCAGUGUGGCAGGAAGCUCGGUUGGCGCGGUUGGUGGUGUUCUUUCCAUCAUUGGUUUGGCAUUAAUUCCUGUAACAGCUGGAGUGUCUCUUGCUCUGACAAUGACUGGGGUGGGGCUGGGAAUUACCAGUGGAGUUAACAGCGCUGUCACCACAGCCACGGAGAUUGGAGUCAACCGCACAUAUCAAAAGAAAGCCAGUGAAGCCUUCCAGAGCUUCAUGGAGGAUGUGCAGAGUCUCCAGGAUUGUCUGGACGAGGUCACUAACAGGGAAGCAAGUCAGAUAGAUGUGGCUGUGGGAGUAAGCAAGGUGCUUUGUAAAGUUGGUCUUGUUGGAAAAAGCAUAGAUUCACUUGCUGAUGCUGCCUCUGCUGUUAAGAUGUUGAAAAGUGAGGAGCUGAUUGUAGGUGCUGGUAAGGUGGUGGCCCAGGAAGGUAAAGCAUUAAGUAAUGUACCCAGACUGGCGUCAGAUAUCCCAGAUAUUGGUCAGGCAGCAGUCAAAGGGCCCCUUGCUCUCUCCAAGUCAGCCAGGGCUGGUCUCAUUGCACUCAAUGCUCUUUUCGUUGGCAUGGACAUCUUCUUCAUCUGUAAAGACAGCAUCAGUCUGGCCAAAGGCAACGAGACGGAAGUCUCACAGUUCAUCAGAGCCAGAGCUGCACUUUGGAGCUCAGAGAUGGACUCAUGGAAGAAAACCCGCGAUUCGCUGUGUCAGGGUCUGCUGACAUCAGAGAAAAAACAAGUUAUCCUGGAGACGCCAUUUGAGCCGGAGAUGGAGAUCAAGAAAGAUAAAGAAACAGAAAUGGAAUUUCCAUCUGACGAAGUGGAUGAAAAAGUGAAAGAAAAACAGUCUUGUGUAAUACAGUAGAACAGCUGGAAAUCAUUGAUCAGUGUUGAACAUCAUUUAAUAAACUGAUGUAUUGAGUGUAUGAUUUUUGACUGGAUUUAUAUACCUUUUGCCAACUUUGAAGCUUGUUUAAACACAUAAUGCAUUACAUCUGCCAUUCAGUGAUACAUCUGACAUAGAAUAGUAUGUGAAAAAUAAGAAAACUACUUUUAACACAAGAGUUGCCAUUUUCUACCAUGUCCAAUGCUUCAGUGUAUGUUUUAAUAACAGAGCACAAUACUUAAAUUAGAUUGUAUUAGAGUAAUGCUAGGUGCCUUUUCUGCUCCAUUUAUUAGACACCAAGUAGCCAAAAUAAAUGUGUUUGAUGUUUGUUGUUUUUUUUGUGAUAUUUACUUAACUAUCUCUGAAGAUAUAGCAUCACUUAUGCUGUAGCACUUACUUUCCUGCACUCAUCUGUAAAUAAUACUGUAUUUUUGCACUUCUGGUUGGAUGCUAACUGCAUUUCAUUGGCUUUGUAUCCGUACUCUGAACAAUGACAAAGUUGGAUCUAAUCUAUUGUUUCAUAAAACGGAAGCAGUUUUCCAAAGAUGUGGUGUCCAUGGAGAUACCUGCUUUUGUCUUUGCAGUAUCUUAUUUUUGUAAUGCUUUGAUUUUAUAAUGAAACUAUUAUCACUGUUUUCACUAUUUUUACCAUCUUGUUAUUCUGA